UGCAUAUAAAAGUGGCAAUAGUAGCACAUAUAUCAGCAAGCGUAGUGCUACUGAAAUUUCACUCCCUACCACUAGAAAAUCAACACUUAGUAGAUCGUCCACUAUGGAGGAUACCUCGACGGUCAAGAAAAGAAAACAUGGAUAUGAACCACCUGAGUCAUUUGCUCAUUUGGAAGGCGUACCUGACUAUAUACUCGAAGGCUCAGAUCUAAUGAUAGUCGGCAUAAACCCUGGUCGUACAUCCUCAAUACGGGGCCAUCAUUUUGCGCACCCAAGUAACUCAUUCUACGCGUGUCUUUACGAAUCUGGUCUGACGUCACGUAAACUUCGUCCAGAUGAAGAUUAUACUCUACCAGAGUUCGGAUAUAGCAUUACGAAUUUGAACUCACGGCCAACUGUAAUGCAGUCCCAACUAUCGAAAGCUGAAUCAAGAGCGAGUGUUCCCGAACUUGUGAAAAAGAUAUUACGAUGCAAGCCAAAGUUGGUAGCUUUUAUAGGAAAAGCUAUAUGGGAAGACUGCGAGUGGGUUUUUAAAGAUGCUAUUAAAGGAUUCGACAGCAAAGCAAUAAAAAGAACUAAGACAUCAAAAGAAAAGACAGGUGAUUGCGACGAGAGCGCUGGUUUUCUUCUACAGAAUUACAAAAUUGUACAUGAUGAUGGCUCGCAGUCGCUCUUUUUUACCUUACCCUCCACUUCUGGACUUGUAGCUUCGUAUCAAAAGCCAGCAAAAGUGAGAGCAUUUACUCGAUGUAGAGAAACACUAGAGAAGCUGAAAUGCAGUUAUUUGGAUACUACCAAAAUGUUUACUAUCGAUGUUGAGAAAUUGUUGGACUAAUGAUCUGACUUUAUUCCCAAAACGCUUCUGCUUGUAUUAGAUUGUAUGAUUUUAGCAUUGUUGUAUUUUAUAUGUAUCUAGCC